AUGACCAAUGUUCUUGGAUACGAGCCAUUAAUUGACGAGACUUUGAACAAAUUCGUGGACAAGAUCGGUGUCAGAUUUGGCGGAGGCGAGGUCUGUCCUGCCGAUGAAUGGAUCGGAUACUGUAAGCGUUUGCACGGUAAUGCAGGACUGCUGGCUAACGUCGAGAAAGUCGCUUGGGAUGUGACAGCCAACAUCAGUUUCGGACGACACUAUGGCUUCAUCGACCAGGAGAAAGACGUCGACAACCUGAUCACCGACUCAACCAAGGGCCUCAUCUACUUUGCUCCUGUCUCCCAAAUCCCCUGGAUCGACCACCUGCUGGACAAGAACCCCAUUUUUCGCAUUGGACCGAAGCCAACCCUCACAGGCGUCCUCUACGCCUUCAAGGUAGUCGCCGAAUACCAAGCCGAGCUCGAAAAAGACAAAGUCAAAGCCGGCACCGUCGACCACACCCUUGAAAAAUAUGUUCAGCUCAAGAAGACAUACCCUGACAUGGUCAACGACGUCCAGAUCGUCAACUGGCUGAUGCUGAGCAUUCUCGCCGGAGGCGAUACCUCGUCCGCCACAAUGCGUGCAACCGUAUACUACCUCGCCAAGAAUGCGGACGCAUAUAAGAAGCUUGUGGCAGAGCUGAUAUCAGCGGGAUUAACCAUGCCCGCUCAGUGGAAGGAUAUCCGCGAUUUACCGUAUCUCGACGCCGUUAUCCGCGAGAGCAUGCGUAUCAACCCCGGUAUCGCAAUGAACUUUGAACGUGUUGCGCCGGAGAGCGGGUAUACGCUUCCUGAUGGGCGGUAUAUCCCGGCUGGCACAAAGGUGGGUAUCAGCCCGGCUGUCACGAACAGGAAUUACGCGAUCUUUGGCGAGGACUCUGAUGCCUUCCGGCCUGAUCGGUGGUUGAGGCGAAAUGAUGAGAGUGAGGAGGAGUAUCAAGAGCGGCAUAAGCGGAUGCAUGACACUUGCGACUUUGUGUUUGGGGGUGGUGCGCGGAUAUGUAUGGGUCGGUACCUUGCCAUGCUGGAAAUGAAAAAGAUGAUUGCUACUUUGUAUGCCACUUUCGAUCUGCGGCUGGUUAACCCGAAGCAUGAGUGGACGUACCGCAAUGCCUGGUUUGUGUACCAGGAGAACAUGCCUAUGAUAGUCAUUCGUCGAGAGUCAUCGACAUAG